GUAAGCUUUCAAGCUGCCGCCCUUCACUAGAAGGAGUGGGCGCAGUGAACUGUAAUUGUGAAAAGAUUGGAAGAUCAGGCCAAAGAAGGUGAUAGCCCUGUAGAUUCGUUCCCAUGGUUCGAUCCUUCCCAGUAAAACGCGGCGUGUUUGAAUUCUGAUCGCUUUUACGCGAGAAAGGGGACCACCCUCUAAGCCUAAGUAUUCCUCAAUGACCGAUAGCGUACAAGUACCGUGAGGGAAUCUUUGUUAUGCAUGUUAAAAAGAAUGAAGUGCAAAAUAAAAGAAGGCCACCCUCCUCUUAUCAGGAAGCCUACAAUACGGCAUGGGAGUAUGCCGAGGCGGAAGUCCUGAACAAAAGCAAGCGGGAGCUGGAAGAAGGCUACACAAAGGUGAAAUCUGACAAGCCGAAGAAGGAUGACCAGACGGGAGGGUCCAAGCCAAAGGCCACAUAUGACGGGUCCAUCCACCAAAUAAGGGAUGAUAAGAAGGGAGAGCAACCCAAGAGACCAUGGACGGAGAAGUGGUGCACAUACCACCAAUCCGAUUCCCACAACACGGCGGACUGCCGAAAUGUCAAGGCCGUGUUCAAGGAGAUGGCCUUAAACGGAGAGCUGGGGGAAGGUUAUGCAGCGGGGAAUAAAGAUCCAAAAGCGAACACCUGGACCCGUCCUCAGGGAAAAGACCAGGGGAGGAAAAAAUCCGGGAAGGAUAACAACAAGCCGGAUAAAGAAUUCAUCGAGAUGAUUGUCGGCGGCCCAGAAGGCGGGGACACUGCCUCCCAGCGGAAGAAUUGGGCCAGGAGCUUGCAUGUAGCGGUGGUUUCCCUGGAAUCACAAGGGAAGCAGUCAAAGAGGGAACCUAUCACUUUCACUGAUAGGGAUCUGCCUAGGACGGGGGGAGAUCAUAAUGACCCUUUGGUCAUUACGAUGGAUAUCAACGGGGCUGAUGUGGCCAGGGUCCUGGUUGACACAGGAAGCAGUGUCAAUGUUUUAUAUUUGGAGGCUUUCAAGAAAUUGAAGCUGGACAGGUCCAUGCUGAGGCCAUUGCAAACCCCAUUGUCAGGCUUCACUGGAGCCAGCAUAGAAGCAGAAGGUCAGAUCACCUUACCAGUUACCUUGGGGUCGGGCAACAAGACGGUGACCAAACAAAUGAGAUUUGUUGUGGUUGACAUCAAGUGUGUACAUAAUGCCAUUCUUGGUAGGCCUGGAAUCAAUCAGGUCAAGGCAAUUAUUUCUAUGGCGCACUUAUGCAUGAAGUUUUACACCCCCAAUGGAAUCGGGGAGGAAAGGGGAGAUCAAAAGAACGCCCGGUCCUGCUACCUAGAAGCGGUCAAGAAGAUGACCCGCCAGUUCGAACAAAUUGAACUGGUCUCCCAGCAGGUCGACAAGGGUGAGGAAAAGGCUAGGAUCGAGCCGGAUGCAAACACAGAGGAGAUCCAGAUUGAUGCUUCCAAUCCUGAGAGGAAGGUCAAGAUUGGGGCUGAUCUUCAAGAGGAGCUAAGGACUGAGAUUGUCCAGGUGCUGACCAGGUAUAAAUCUUUGUUUGCCUAGAGUGUUGCUGAUAUGCCCGGAAUUGACCGGUCAGUCAUUUGCCAUCGUCUCUCUGUUCUUGAGGGGUCUAGGCCUGUAAGACA